GGAAAAACCAAAAUGGCAGCCACCAUGGAAGAUACAGAAAAAAUGAAAACAUCUUCAGCAGACGACAUCGAAAAUGCAGCUCCAUGUGAAGCAGUGGUUCCAUCACGGGUCAUUUCUGAUGACAUGGAUGAAGGCAGAGACGUCACAAAAAACACUGAAGAAACAAGUGGAUCUGUUUCUUUCUCAGCAGAUAAGCAAGAUGCAGUAGGAUUUAAACUGCCUGGACUUCCACUUCCAUCCAAAACCGGUGCUCAAAAAUUGCAUUCAUCAGCAGCUUCAAAAGCUUUGGAGCAAAGACCUAAGAAUGAUGAACCUCCGGAUAAUGCAGUUCCAACAUCACAGUCUGACGAGGACCGGUUCGCAUUCCCAAAGCCUCAAUCAGCCACUAACUCAAAACCUAGCAAGAACCCAAACAUUUCAGGACCACCCCCCAAGGAAGAACAUUCAAGUCCAUGUGGUGUUCAAGCACGAGCGCCAGUCACUACGGAGAAGAAAGUCCGGGAGAAGUCGCCUGCCGAAAAACUUGCAAAAGCACCGCCCUUGCCUUACAAAGAACCAUCCUGGAGCGGAGUCCCACAGAAAGAGUAUUUUCUUGAUGUCUUGAAGGGCGGGGCCAUCAUUUCUAAGAUACCCCUGAACGAUAAAAGCUACCAUGUCUUUGGGAGGUUGGAGACCUGUGAUAUUCCUCUUGAGCACCCUUCUCUGUCACGCUAUCAUCUUGUGCUGCAGUAUCGACUGACGGGCGACAGUGAGCACGAUCCUGGCUUCUAUCUCUAUGAUCUCGGCAGCACGCACAGCUCCUGGUUCAACAAGCAGCAGAUGGAGGGACGAGUUUUCUACAGGAUCAGGGUGGGGCACAUGUUCAAGUUGGGCGGGAGCUCCCGGAUGUAUAUUCUGCAGGGACCAUCGGAAGACCAGGAGGCAGAGUCGGAGCUGAGUGUAAAGGAAUUGAAGGAGCUACGACAACAGCAGCUGGCUGAGCUGGAAGAACAGAAGAGCAGGAAGCAGGAAAAAGAGGAGGCAGAGAUUAGACAAGAAGAAGAGAAAGAUGCAGGCAUCAGCUGGGGAAUGGAUUAUGAGGAUGCAGAUGAUGCAGACACAGCAGGUGACAACCCAUUUGCCAUCAUGACUCAAGAUGAGAAAGAAGCCAGCUACAUCAAAGACCCUAAGAAGACUCUCAGGGGUUACUUUGAGAGAGAAGGAUAUGAUCUGGAAUACAAUGUGGAAGAAAAGGAAAGUGGUUUCAGUAAACAGUUUGUCUGCAAAGUAGAGUUGCCCAUAGAUGAUGCCAGUGGGAGGCCUAUCUAUGCCGAGGCAGCCGUCCAAGGCAAGAAGAAGGAAGCGGUAGUGGCCUGUGCGUUGGAAGCAUGUCGGAUCCUGGAUGCACACGGUGUGCUACGACAAGCCACGCACGAAAGUCAUAAGAGGAAAGCUAAGAACUGGAAGGAGGAUGAUUACUAUGACAGCGAUGAGGAUACCUUCCUGGAUCGGACCGGGGAGAUUGAGAAGAAGAGAAUGAUGCGGAUGAAGAAAGCUUGCGUCGUCAAGGAGAAAGCGCAGACUUACGAUUCACUGAAAUCUCAGCUUUAUGAAGUGGAGACUGAAAUGGAGAAGAUUGAAAAGGAAAUGACAGCUGUCAGUAAAAGCAGUGCGGCCUCAGUGGUUGAAGAUGAUUCUCUCGACGCCUUCAUGGAGAGCAUCAAGAGUGGCAAGACACUGGACAAGACCUGGCGGGCUAGGCUCAAGCUGCGCCUGAUCGAACUCCGGAAGGAGCAAGCUAGACUCACGCGGCUGGUGGAGAUCGCCAAGCCUGCCAGCAUGCCAGCACUGCAAAAGCCGUCAACGCAGACAAGUUUUGCAGCUCUGAGCAAGAAGCUACCUAUGUUUGGCUCCAUUAAGGGCAGAGCCUGCUUAAAGCCAAAGUUGAAACCUGUGGUCCCGUCUCGCAUAGCCACGCCUCUGUCUUCGACCAGCCAGCGGGAAACAGAUAGAGAAGUGGAGGAUGAAGAAGACGAAGAUGAACCUGAAGAAGUAGUCUCCCCUUCAGCCACUACCAGCUCAUCAAAGCACAUGGGAGUUGCAUUGCCUGAUAGACCCAUGGCAUCAUCUCCUGGAACGGAGGCUACAAGUACUACUGACGCUGAACACAAGCCAAGUUCUUCUGGGGGCAGAUUGGAUUUCCCGUCGCCCUCCGCCCCAAAACUUGGGCCCUCUCUCUCGACAGAGAUCAGGAAACAAAACCACCAGGAAGCAAACAGUGAGGGGAAGGUGUUGACGCAAACAGCGGCACCCAUGGAAACGGAAUGGAGAUCUCCCGAUGAGAGCAAGACAGAUCUUCCUGAUGAGAGAGCCAAGAGGGUGAAGACGACCAAGAAAGCCCUCAUGGAGAGAGAGGUGGAGGAGACUGAGGACAAGGAAGACUUUACUGACUGGACGCCUCCUGUAGGUCAAACCGGAGAUGGAAGGACACAUCUGAAUGCAAAGUUUGGCUACUGACGUGAUGCUCUGAAAACGGUGAUCAUCACCAGUAGGACUGGCUUGGCAAGGGAAGCAU